UUUGCGUCACUUGAUCGAGUACGUUGGAUUCGAUUUCUACGAUUUCCGUAUGCGAACUGUCGCAGCCUGUUUAUUGACAAGAAACGGCGUUUAAAAAGAAAGCUAAAGUUCAUCCCGACGAAACACAGAUAUGGGUCGUUACAGGAGCCGCAGUCGCGAUAGAGACAGAAGACGCCGAUCACGUACCCGCUCGCGUAGUAGGUCACCGCGUGACAGGAGGAGUUGGGGAGGUAGCGGCGGUCGUGACAGACCUAUGAGUAGCCGUAACAGUCGUGGACAACCCGGUGCUAACCUGAGGAAACCUCGAUGGGACCUCAGUCGAUUGGAGCCUUUCAAAAAAGAUUUUUAUGUUCCCAAUGAAGCUGUCCAAAAUCGGGAUCCGCGUAUUGUGGAACAAUACAGAAGCGAAAAGGAGAUUACACUGAGAGGCAAGAACAUACCCAAUCCUGUUCUUAAUUUUGACGAGGCUUGUUUUCCAGAUUAUGUUUUGAAGGAGAUCACGAGACAGGGAUUUAGUGAACCAACGUCGAUUCAGGCCCAAGGAUGGCCUAUCGCGUUGAGUGGACGAGACAUGGUGGGCAUAGCGUCCACGGGAUCCGGAAAAACAUUGUCCUACAUAUUGCCUGCGAUAGUUCACAUCAAUAGCCAGCCAAAACUAAGCCGAAAAGACGGACCUAUCGCAUUAGUAUUAGCGCCAACGCGAGAGCUUGCUCAACAAAUACAACAAGUCGCUGAUGAUUUCGGCCACUCAUCAGGCAUUAGGAACACUUGUCUCUAUGGUGGAGCGCCGAAAGGCGCUCAAGCUAGGGAUCUGGAUGGUGGUGUGGAAAUAGUUAUCGCCACGCCUGGUAGAUUGCUCGACUUCCUCGAGUCUGGCAAGACUAAUCUGAAAAGAUGUACAUAUUUGGUAUUAGACGAGGCUGACAGAAUGUUAGACAUGGGAUUCGAGCCUCAAAUCAGAAAAAUCAUAGAACAAAUUAGACCAGACAGACAGACGUUAAUGUGGUCAGCCACAUGGCCGAAAGAAGUGAAGAACUUAGCUGAGGAUUUUCUUAAGGAUUAUGCUCAAAUUAAUGUUGGUUCUCUGCAGCUUGCAGCAAAUCAUAAUAUAUUGCAGAUAAUUGACGUAUGUCAAGAUUAUGAGAAAGAGAAUAAAUUAAGCACUCUGUUGAAAGAAAUAAUGGCUGAGAGCGAGAAUAAAACUAUAGUAUUUAUUGAAACAAAGCGUAGAGUAGACGAAAUUACGAGAAAAAUGAAACGCGACGGCUGGCCUGCCGUUUGCAUUCACGGCGACAAGACGCAGCAGGAACGAGAUUGGGUUUUACAAGAUUUCAGAUCAGGCAAGGCGCCAAUUCUCGUUGCCACCGAUGUCGCCGCACGUGGUCUCGACGUUGAAGACGUCAAGUUUGUCAUCAAUUUUGACUACCCCUCCUGCUCCGAAGAUUAUGUCCAUCGUAUCGGUCGUACCGGCCGCCGACAGAAGACCGGCACGGCCUACACCUUCUUCACCCCCAACAACUCCAACAAGGCCAACGAUUUGAUACAAGUGCUAAAAGAGGCGAACCAGGUGAUCAAUCCGAAGCUGCUGGAGCUCGCCGACGGUAGAGCCGGUGGAUACGGCAGACACAGAGGUGGCAGAAACCGAUGGCGAUCGCGAGGCGGUCGUAAUGGGAAGGAGCGCAGCUACUCGAGAAGCAGAAGUCGAAGCCACAGCAGAGAACGCAACGGACGUGGCAGUCGGCGGAGCUACAGUCGUAGUUAUUCGCGGAGUCGUAGUCCAAUCAACCGUACAGAGGUUAUCGGCAAGAGCUACUGGAGUAGCGAGAGAUGAUCUUCCAGUGGCGGAUAAGAACCCCAUGGCGACGUGAUUUUUUUCUUUCUUUUUUACGUGUUACGCGAGACAGAAAUCGUCUCAUGACGAAAUCAUUGCCCGAAAAAUUAUACUUUCACUGUUUGUGCGAUAAACCUAUCUGUCCCACGGUGUAAUCGGCCGGUUUGCGCGGAUUUCUCACGUCAGCUUCAGUGUAAGGUAACUGUCACUAUAUCAUUUACAGUGAUGAUAGUGUGCGCUGGUGCGAGUUAAUGCCUAUUAUACGUACAUACACGUACACAAACGCUGGUUCACUGAAAAUUUUCGAACGUAAAGGCGCUUCCGGCCGGAACGCACGUCGAGAGACGAGUAUCUCCGGCGUGCAUUCCGUCUGCGACAAAUCGUGUGCCGAUUGUUUUACAAAUUUAGACUCCACACAAAUUCAGAAACUUUUUACUAUCGUGCGAUAUUUACUGCUGAGCGUUUCCCAAAAUGUUCGCAAACUCCCAGCGUGUUUAUCGACCGGUUGUUUGUGCGCGACGUUUUCGGUGCACACACACAGUGCGUGCUGAGUCUAUCCAAGCGAAUUUAUUGCAAGAUUACUUCUUGUUACGGAAGUACUUGUACGAACAUUUAUGUGUACUUCGACGAAUCUAAAUUGACAAUUGUCACUCAUCAAUAGUGACGAUGAUGGUAUGCUUACGGUGGCGCACUAGCUGCGCAACAGUACGCCUAU